UUUUAUCUACCAGCCUCUUAGCCUGGACUCAGCAAUUCAUAGGGGAGAAGGAAAGAAAAGGGAAAUGGAAUCAGAGCUCCAGCCUUUCUGUGGAAUUGGAAUGUCCUCUUCUCUCCUGCAUCUCUUCCCUUAUUGUGGCUUUCUUCCAAGGUAGAAGAAAUGAGGAAUAGAAGUGGUUCUGCCAACAUCUUUGAAUUUUAUGCCUUCCCCAACCAGCCCUCUUUUGGGCUAUUUUUCUGGUCCAGCAGACAGUUCAGGACACGGAACCCAAGGAUGAACGUUCCCCGCAGCAGCGAGGGCGACAGGGUACUGCGGCAGGAGGCGAGCUGCCUAACCGAUGACCCCGCGUCUGCGGCCCAAGAGAGAGAAACAAAUAGUCUGGUUGCGUCUGCUCUUCAGAGUCUCACUUACCCCCUGGGUCCCAGGAGCGAUGACCUUUCACUUGACUAUGCCUCUCAGCCAGCAAAUCUUCAGUUCCCUCACAUAAUGCCACUUCCCGAAGACAUCAAAGGCUCCUGCUUCCAAAAUGGGAAUAAACGGAACCAUGAACCCUUUAUGGCUCCAGAACGAUUUGGAAACAGCACUGUGGGCUUUGGCAGUAACGUUCAUUCCCAGGCGCCAGAGAAAGUGACACUUCUUGUAGAUGGCACACGUUUUGUUGUGAAUCCACAAAUUUUCACUGCUCAUCCGGAUACCAUGUUGGGAAGAAUGUUCGGACCAGGAAGAGAGUACAACUUCACUCGGCCCAACGAGAAGGGAGAGUAUGAGAUUGCUGAAGGAAUCAGUGCGACCGUAUUUCGAACAGUGCUGGAUUAUUACAAAACUGGUAUCAUCAAUUGUCCUGAUGGCAUCUCUAUUCCAGACCUUAGAGAUACAUGCGAUUAUCUCUGCAUUAACUUUGAUUUCAACACUAUCCGAUGUCAAGAUCUGAGUGCUUUGCUGCAUGAGCUGUCUAACGAUGGUGCACACAAGCAGUUUGACCACUACCUCGAAGAGCUGAUCUUGCCCAUCAUGGUGGGCUGUGCCAAGAAAGGGGAGCGAGAGUGCCACAUUGUUGUGCUGACGGAUGAGGAUUCUGUGGACUGGGAUGAAGACCACCCCCCUCCCAUGGGGGAGGAAUAUUCCCAAAUUCUUUACAGCUCCAAGCUCUAUAGAUUCUUCAAAUAUAUUGAGAAUCGUGAUGUUGCUAAAACAGUCUUAAAGGAGCGAGGCCUGAAAAAUAUUCGCAUUGGAAUUGAAGGUUACCCUACCUGUAAAGAAAAAAUUAAGAGAAGACCCGGUGGCCGGUCUGAAGUAAUCUAUAACUAUGUGCAGCGCCCCUUUAUCCAGAUGUCCUGGGAAAAGGAAGAAGGGAAGAGUCGCCAUGUGGAUUUCCAGUGCGUCCGAAGCAAAUCGCUCACUAAUCUGGUAGCUGCUGGAGAAGAUGUCUUAGAGGACCAGGAGAUACUAAUGCACCACCCGCCCCAGGUGGAUGAACUUGACCGGCUGAACGCCCCACUUUCUCAGAUGGCAUCUAAUGACUUUCAGGAUUAGGGCCAGCUGUGGACCCAUGCCUCUUCGGAGCCCUUCUCUGUCUGGGAUGCCCACAGCCAGUCCUCCCCAUGGUUUGUCUCCCCCUGAGUAGGAGACCUGCUUCUCCAUCCUUUCCCUUUCUCCCACAAUUAGCGUUUGUCCUUUUCAUUACUGAGAAGUGUGUGCCUCCGGCAGGGGAUGGAAAGCACUCACCAGUAAAUAAGCUCCCAGCUCUGCGGCAGCCUGCUAACUUGAAAAAUUUGGGUCUGGUGCUGUUUACAGAGCCUUUACGUAACUGCAAAAAGCAGGAAAGGAAGUCGAGACUCCUGUUGCCUCAUAUUUAUCAAAGCAGUCCUCUCAUCCUUUAUACUUUGUUCUUGACUUAUUUGUUUUAUACCAGGCAAAUUACUUAGCAGCAAAGGGACCAAAUUAAAAAGAGACAAUCUCUAGCUUCCACAAGCAGGCGCUAAUGGGAUUCUCGUUAGAGACCUGCAUCGGGGAAGAACAAGGCUCCCAUCAGAACUUCCAGAAGAUUUCUUAAGAGCUUAAAUUCAGUUUUGUUUUUCAUUAAUACAAUGAAUAGUUCAAAACCACACAGAUUCUUUGACAGAAGUCCAAUAGUAGUGUAACAAUGUUUAUGAAACCUUUUUAGGUUUAAGGUCUUUGAGUCUAAGGAAAUUAUUUGGAAUGAAAUUCACAACUCAAGUAGUCGAAGAAUCUGUCCAGAUCCAGCCACUCUCAUCAUCCUGGCUCGGAGUCCGGAGUGAAGCCGCAGGUCUUCACCCUACGCAGCUCGUCACUGUGAGUGUGGCUGGGAAACCUGAGAUGAUACGGCUGAAAGGCUUUCAAGAGAUGGGCAGGAAUUUCUCACAAGUGCUGUUUCUCAAUAGAAAGACUUCUAAGAGCUCCAGGGAAGGGGGCAUUUGGGGUGAAGCUGGGUGGAGAGACACCUGCUCAGCCUUUGUCCCAGUUCGGGACUUUUCUUUGUAUAUACUUUUCAUACGAUGGAAUUUUUUUUGAACAUCAGGAUUUUUGUUUUUGAAGUAGCCUAUCACACUGCUCACACUGGGUUAGGAAACCGUACUGCUGUCGUCCCCAAAGGACAGAGGCAUUGAAGGGGUGUUUGGCCUAGUAAUUCUGUUUGAUCUGUCGGCUCUGUGUUAGUAAUACGCGGUGUGUGACGACCCAGGUCACUCCUCCCAGUACCAUUUUCCCUCGUGUCCUCAUGGCUGUUAACAGCAGGGCUAAAUUUAGAGUCUGGAGCCAGAUGUUAAGUGUCUGGGGAUAAUGUCCCAUUUUAUGGUAAAGGUUGGCCUUCUAAGCACCUACCCAGAGCCUUUACUCAUCAUAGAUUUCAAAGAGGUACAUAGUUUCUUUGAAGUUCUUUAAGGUAACAUGACUAGUUUUCUUAAAUUCCAUUCCCAUAAGAUACCAUAGGGCAAGCUAGGUGAUAACAUUUUGACUGCCCUAGUCAUAGGCCUCCAAAGGUGAAGUCUGAUGGGUGUCGAAAGUUGCUCUCUCCAGGCUUGGAGAACAAGAAUGUUUUGGAGAAGCGUGUUCCUGCAUGUGAGGAGCAUCAGUGCUCCGUUCAGAUUACUCAGAAAAUAGUAGUGAAGGGUUCAACUGAGCCGUCUCCCGCCUAGAGAGUUCUACCACUGGCAUCCAACUUGUAAGGCUGAUGGUAAGGGCUAAAGUUUAGGGUGAGGGUUUUUGUAGCCAGAAGGUACUUUUAUGUCUGUGAAACAUCUUGACUCCUAUUUGAGGUUAGGUUUGGCUUCAACCCUGCCAGUAUUGCCUUCAUACCCGCUGAUAGUUGACCAGCCCAGAUAAUCGUUUAAUGGUGCUUCCUUUCUGCUUCUCAGUUGACUUCCUUCCAUGCCAUCACAAAGGAAAUUUGAAUGAACCGUGUAGUCUAAUAAGUGUAACUCGUCUUCUCCGUCUUCUGUAUUAACAUUUAAGCGUGAACAUGCCGCAGCUAACACUCUAAAACCAAGUAGUCGUUGCUUAGGUCAAAGCCAGGUAUGAAAGUAUGGCAUUUACUUAGCGCUCUGUUCUACGUGAAUGAUUUAUUUCCUCAGGCUUUCGAGAAGUAGGUGUCCCCCCCCCGCCCCAAAUUGGGUUAAUGUGCUUUUGGCCCCAACCCAUGGGAUGAGUGAGCUGGAAACCCAUACAGGUAAAUCUGCUAGUGUCGCUAGAUGGUGGUGACGCAGGGAAAAGUGGGGCCCACAGGUCCCUUCCGGUGAAGAGGGAGGUUCUUCUGCACCCACCACCCUCCCAGCCUGGAGCUCAGCAUCGCUGCAAAUUUAGUAGCUCCCCUUAGCCAUAGCUGCUCUGUUCCCGGGGCCAGGACAUUCCAUGAUGGCAGGACCACUCAGUCCCCACAGGGACAAGGGCUGGGUUGCAGUCAUUCCCUUCAGAGUCCGUUACUGGCCAGCUGGGCAAGAGAUACUUCUAAUAAAGGUGGAACUCAGGUUUGGUGGGGUUUUUCCUUCUAAGUGCCUAAAUAAGUAAGCCAGGCUGUGUAUACAGAAGCAUCGUCAUAAAAUUAUUUUGCUCAGACUGUCUUACUCAGCGGUAGCUCGGCAAGCCAGGAGGAACCUGAAUUUGACAUGUAGACUCUGGAUUUGUGAAUGUGUCACUGUCAUGUGUCGUUGACUGGGGAACAUUUGGCACUGAGCUGGAGAGCGGGCAGAGUGCUGACAUGUGUCUGAUGAGAUGGCUUCAUGGUUUCUCCAAAGCGGAGGAAAAGUAGUGAAAAGAUGACAGCAAAAAUGGUAAGGAAGCUAGAAAGUACAUUCACUGCGUAAUAUGUAACAGCCGAUAUUAUUGUAAGCUCAAUUCCAGGAAACCAGUAUGUCAUCUACUGUGUACAGCUCUAUGAAGAUACUGUGGAAUAAGCCCAGGAAGGAUGGAUACAUUUGCAGAAAACAAUCACCACAGGCUUUUCACUCAAAUUGUCAAAGUGUGCUAUGGAGUCUUUUUUUAAUCAAGUGUCAAUAGAAAGUUAAGAAUCAAGGGGUUGUAGUAAUUUAUUCAAUGCCACUUCUUGCCAUUAUUUUGAAAUUGUUAAAAUGGGCAGACGAGUUCAGAAAGCAAACCUGAUGCUUCACCGGGAGACGGAGCCACAUUCGUGCUCUGCAUGGGAUCGCCUCUGCAGGAGAACAUUGCAUUUUCUCUUAAAGGCAAAAUGCUUGGAGAUUUUGCCUCUUUACUUUGUAUUUACUUUUAAAGUUGCACUUGUUCACCUACCAGUGUUUACGAAAUCCUUUAUUUAGGAUGCUUUUUCUAUAAUAAAAUAUUAUCAUUUGUGUCCA